AUGCUGAGAUACCAGCAAAUACUAGGCCUCAGCGAAGUGCGUAGAAAUGGUUUCAGUAAAUUGAGAACGCCCAAAGGUUGGACUUUCCUAUACUCUGGUAAGGAAAGUGAGGAGGACACCCUCGAAUAUGGUGUUGGUUUACUGCUUUCUGAUGCUGCAAAGAAAAGCCUUCUGGACCGGAAACUAAAUAGUACACCUAAAAGGAAGCCCCUGAAGUCUAAGGACAGGCAGCUAAUCGCGACGUCUGAUCAUCAACUGCGAUGUGGGCGCGAACAUUUUGAAGAGGUUUUCCGCUCCACUACACCGAUCGCGCCUGAUACACCGCAGCACACCUCCCUUCCAUCUAGGCUUCUGGACAUUAAAGUCGAUCCACCAACUCACGACGCAGUGGCCAAGGCUAUCCCGUCUCUCAAAAUUGGCAAAGCUCCAGGACUGGACCUCGUUACUGCGGAAAUUCUGAAUGCGGACUUGUCCUCUGCCGUCAAAGUCUUGGCACCCCUUAUUAAGAGAAUCUGGACGAAAGAAGAACUUCCAUAUGACUGGAACAAAGGCCUGCUCAUAACCAUGCCUAAAAAAGGGGAUCUUAGUCAAUGCAGUAAUUGGAGAGGUAUCACUUUGCUCUCGGUACCGUCGAAGGUUUUCUGCAAGAUUAUCCUGGACAGGCUAUCGGUGGUGGUGGAACCUCUUCUUCGCAAAGAGCAGGCUGGCUUCCGCCCGAACCGAUCGUGCAUCGACCAAAUCAACACUCUGCGCAUCAUCCUAGAACAGGCAUCAGAAUGGCAAAGGGAGGUUAACCUAACCUUUGUAGACUUCGAAAAAGCCUUCGACACGCGGAAGUAG